AUGGCUCCAGGGAAUCACACUCAUGUGACUGAAUUCAUUCUAAUGGGAGUCUCAGACCGUCCAGAAUUCCAGAUUCCCUUUUUUUGUGUGUUCCUGAUCGUCUAUGGACUGACCCUGGCAGGGAACCUGGGAAUCGUCAUCCUCACCAGCGUGGACUCUCAGCUUCAGACCCCCAUGUACUUUUUCCUCAAGCACUUGGCUAUCAUCAAUUUGGGCAAUUCUUCUGUCAUUGCCCCCAAAAUGUUGGUUAACUUCUUGGUUACAAAGAAAACCAUAUCUUAUUAUGGAUGUGCAGUUCAACUAGGUGGAUUCUUAGUUUUUAUUGUGGCUGAGAUUUUCGUGCUGGCUGCCAUGGCCUAUGACCGCUAUGUGGCUAUUUGCAGCCCCCUGCUCUACCGGGUGGUGGUUUCUCCACGGAUGUGCCUUCUCCUGGCGGCCCUUAUUUACAUCUACAGUCUGACCACAGCACUGACGGUCUCUUCCUGUGUGUUUUCCGUGUCAUACUGUUCGUCCAAUGUGAUCAACCAUUUUUACUGUGAUAAUGUCCCUUUGUUAGCAUUGUCCUGUUCUGAUACCUACAUUCCAGAAACAGCAGUGUUUACCUUUUCAGGGACCAAUUUGUUUUUCUCUAUGAUUAUUGUUCUAACAUCAUACUUCAACAUCAUCCUUGCCAUUUUGAGGAUACGUUCUUCAGAAGGGCGACAAAAAGCGUUUUCCACCUGUGCUUCUCACAUGAUGGCUGUCACUGUGUUCUAUGGGACGCUUCUCUUCAUGUAUUUGCAGCCAAGGACCAACCACUCAUUAGAUACUGAUAAGAUGGCAUCGGUCUUCUAUACCCUGGUGAUCCCAAUGCUGAACCCCCUUAUUUACAGCCUGAGGAACAAGGACAUGAAGGAUGCAUUGAACAGAUUCCUGGAUAACUCAUGUCAGUCAUUCAAAUCAGUGUAAAUUUAAAACUGCAACUAUCUCCAGUUAAAGGUUUUAUUUGUUCCUGAAAAUUUUGCUAAGUGACAAAGCAAUAAAUAAAAUUCCGCUAAUUUUAAGGAAAAAUCUGAAUCCUUUUAAUCUCAUCUUUAA